UCUCCCUCCCUCUCUCUUACAUUAGAGCUUUCCAUCUUUCGUUUGCAUCGCACUCGCUUUGACAGUGUUAAAUGAAGGCGCUCAUCAUGGCAGUUUUGGCGCACCUGUACCCAGCUGUGUUUUUGGCUUGCGCGUGGAUGUCACUGUUCGGACCGACAUCCUGUCACACGGGCGUUAUAAACCAGAGAGAAUUCCGGGACCGAGAGCUUGACAGCCGCGGCGUGCAUGUCACUGGCAGAGAUGAAGCUCUUAUCUCAGCGCACAGCCGCGGAGAUUACGGCGGGGACCCCGGCGGACCCCGCGUCCGGAGGGCUUCGACUCCGGAGAAAGUCUCUCUACUCAGCAGCUCUUUCGUCCUCAAAGGGGAUGCCACCCACAACCAGGCAAUGGUCCACUGGACGGGGGAAAAUAGCAGCGUCAUCCUCAUUCUCACUAAAUAUUACCAUGCAGACUCCAACAAAGUUCUUGAGAGUUCUCUUUGGAGAUCCAGUGAUUAUGGGUCAACCUACACCAAGCUCAACUUGAUGCCUGGGACAACCAUCAUAGUCACAAACUUCUACAUCUGUCCCACCAAUAAGAAAAAGGUGAUCUUGGUGAGCUCCAGCAUCAAUGAACGUGACCAGAUGCUCUUCAUCAGCACAGAUGAGGGUUCAUCCUUCCAACGACAGCCUGUCUCCUUCACUGUGGAUACACUCCUCUUUCAUCCAUCUGAGGAAGACAAACUUCUGGCUUACAGCAAGGAGGCGAAGCUGUAUAUCUCCACCGAUCUGGGUCACAAAUGGACUCUGCUUCAGGAGCGUGUUACUAAAGACAGAGUUUUCUGGGCUGUGACGGGGGUGGAUGUGGAUCCUGAUCUGGUUCAUAUGGAGAUUCAAGACAUCGGUGGUGGAUACCUUUAUGUGACAUGUCUCAUACAAAAUUGCUCUGAUAAAAUGGUGACAGCACAGUUCUUGGGGAAGAUUGACCACAAUUCCCUGUCAGUGCAAGAUGAAUACAUAUUUGUGAAGGUAACUACAGGAAAUCGAACCAAGUUUUACAUCUCAUAUCGAAGAAAUGAAUUUGUUCAGAUGAGAUUCCCUAAAUAUGCCCUUCCAAAGGAUGUGCAAAUUGUGAGUACAGACGAGAAUCAGGUAUUCCUGGCUCUGCAGGAGUGGUAUCAAACAGACACGUACAACCUCUACCAGUCGGAUCCACAAGGAGUCUAUUACUCCAUUGUGUUGGAGAACGUCCGCAGCACCAAGCAGCCCGAAGAGAAAGUCCUCAUCGACAUCCUCGAGGUUCGUGGCAUCAAGGGCGUAUUCUUGGCCAAUCAAAAAAUAGAUGGAAAAGUGAAGACUCUCAUUACCUACAACAAAGGCAGAGACUGGGAACCACUGGCUCCUCCCACAACUGAUAUGAAUGGCAAAGCUGUCAGCUGCAAGCAGCCUGACUGUCACCUCCAUCUCCACCUGCGAUGGGCUGACAACCCGUAUGUGUCUGGAACGGUCCACACUAAAGAUUCUGCCCCAGGCCUCAUAAUGGGUGCAGGUAACCUUGGGUCUCAGCUGGUUGAAUAUAAAGAGGAGAUGUACAUCACCUCAGACUGUGGCAAGACCUGGAGACAGGUUUUUGAAGAAGAGCAUCACAUUCUCUAUCUGGAUCAUGGCGGUGUCAUCGUGGCCAUUAAGGACACCUCAAUCCCCUUAAAAAUACUCAAGUUCAGCACAGAUGAAGGACAGACAUGGAGCAUCCACAACUUCACCAGCACUUCUGUAUUUGUGGAUGGACUUUUGAGUGAACCUGGAGAUGAGACACUGGUUAUGACGGUAUUUGGCCACAUAAGUUACCGUUCGGAUUGGGAGCUGGUGAAGGUGGAUUUCCGACAGUUGUUUCCCAGGCAGUGCACGGAAGCUGAUUAUGACUCCUGGAAACUCACUGACCUACAGAGAGAGAAAUGCAUCAUGGGCCAGGAGCGAAUGUACAGGAGGAGGAAGGAGUCAUCGUUCUGCAUUAAAGGGAAGAGCUAUACAUCAGCUUUAACAGCUAAACCUUGCCAGUGCACUGAGAAAGACUUUGCCUGUGACUAUGGCUUUGAGCGUGCUCCCAGCCUCCGGUUAGAGGGGGAUCGCUGUUAUCCUGACUUCUGGCAUGAUCCCGACGCUCCACCUGAAAACUGCCACAUGGGAAACAGCUACAAGUCCAGCACAGGUUACCGGAAGGUCAUCUCUGAUGUUUGUGAGGGUGGCUUGAAUAAAGAACAGAGCGCGAAGCAGCAUUCCUGCCCUCUGCUGCCCCCUAGAGGUCUGCAGCUGGGCAUCAAAGGACAGAUGCUGGCUGUGGCACCUGGGGAUGACAUCACUUUUAUAGUCCAUCAGGAACAGGGUGACACCACCAGCACCAGAUAUCAGGUCGAUUUAAUGGAUGGCGUCAGGGCUAUAUAUGAAAACCUGACUGUCACAGAUGAACCCAUUCAGCACCGUUAUGAGAAGCCAGGUGUUUACCGUGUCAAUGUGAAGGCUGAAAACUCUGCUGGACAUGACCAAGCCAUGCUUUACAUCCAGGUCACAGCUCCUCUUCAAGAUGUCCAUCUGGAGGUGGUUCCAAUCGCUGGCAGAAAUCAAGAAGUAAAUCUCACAGCUAUAGUGCUGCCCACUGAGGCAAACCUUACCGUGUUUUACUGGUGGAUUGGAGAUAACCUUCAGCCGAAGCUGACCCUGGAGAACAGUCUGAUUACAAGGUUCUCUGAGGAGGGGGAAGUUCCUGUCACAGUUCAGGCUUCUAAUGGUCGAUCCAUGGUACAGGACAGCAAGACUGUCAUUGUCUACGAUCAUUUCCAGGUGAUCCCUUUGAGUUUCAGUCGUAAUUUGGAUCGCUUUAACCCAAACAUCCCCGAAUGGAGACGAGAUGUGGGACAAGUCGUAACCAAGAUUCUCGCAAAGCUCACAGGGGUUCCUCAGGACUCUUUGGUGACCAUGGUGAAGCCUGGUCUUCCCACCACUGCAGACCUCUAUGUUCUUCCUCAAGAGAGCACUCCGGUGAAGAGGAGUGUGUUUGUGGAUAAGCGGGUUCCCACUAUAAAGCAGGUUCUGAGUGAGAACAACGUGAGCUUCAUUGUGAGAGGAGGGUUAAGAGUAUUGGUGACUCUGGCAGACUCGGAUAGAGGUUCUCGUCUGGCUGCAGCAGGUCCAGGUGUUUGGGCUCUAGCUGUCUUUCUCCUCAUCAGUCUGAUCUCUGCUGCAGCAUUCAUACUCUUCAAGUUUAAAAGGAAAAACUACAAAAACCAUGGUUCCUUGCUGAGGCCAAAGGAGAGCAGCCUAACGCAUCCCUGGCUGCGUUUCAGAAAACUGCCAGGACGAAACGUCUAUGCCCAGAUGCACAAUGAGAAGGAGCAGGAAAUGACCAGCCCUGUUAAUCACAGUGAGGACACACAGAAUAUCAUUCAAGGCGAGGAGUUCAUCGAUGACGACCUUGACUCGCAGACACUAGGUAACGCUGGAGGCAACCACUCAGGAGUGGUGUUGAGCAUAAAUUCAAGGGAGCUGCACAGUUACCUGACCAGCUGAUGACCAAUGUGAGGGUGCCAGUGACGAGCACAAUAGACUAUGCCUUCCUCCUCUCUCCAGAUCUGACCCUUCAGACACCCUUACAGGAGAGAGAUCAGAGACACACCUGCACCAAACCUUCUCCUCCUCUCUCUAUCUUCUCUCUGUCUAUUCCAGCCUCUGUUCCCUCAUCCCACGAGGUGGAUUAUGUGCCCAUCUGCUGCGCCUCAGCUUCACUGAUAAUCACAUAUGCACACUUACAUUUGUUGGUCUCUGCACCCAGCAGUCUGUCUCAUCCCUGUCCACUUCUCUCUCAUCUCUUCAUAUUAUUGCUCUUAUCACAGGAGCAUGGAAUCAGCCCCACUUACUAAUUCCCAGGGAGAAACUCAUUGACAAAUGCUUUAUUUCCCAUCUUUUGUUAGUUUUGUCUUUCUGUCUGAAUAGUGUUUUGGACUCUCUUGUGGUCAUUGUAAAACUCAGAUUAGACAGAUAUGUGAGUGAAGCUGUGCAGGAUACAAUACACAUUUCAUUCAGGGGAAGCAAUGUUUGUUAGAUAUAUAGCCAAAGGGAAAAGAUAUCCUGUCACCCUCUUUUCUGUAUUGUAUUGUGUAAAAAAAAAAAAAAAAAAAAAGAGAGUUGAAUUUUCAUAUGCAAUAACACAUCUCUUGCUUUAAUCCAUAACAAAAUCUAUUAUUUUGCCCUGUUUCAUGAUUAUGCUAUGCAGUAAUGUCAUCAUUUUUGUCUGUCUCGUCUGAUGCUGCAACAGCUGGAUCCUUCUUUGUAUUCUUGGAAAACCUGCACCAAUUAUCAGGACCCUCGUUUAAAUUUACAAGGCCUGAAACAAAUUGUUUUGUGAGUGUCUUUAUACGAUAGGGCCUGGGAUAUUGCCCCUUGAGCCUCAUUCCUGUCUGUUUUAUCCAAGAACUACAGUGCCAAAUUCUCAUCUGUCAGAUUAUAGUCCAUUUAUCUUCACUGCAUAAUGAAACAGUAUCCCCUAACAAAUCGAAUCCCAUCAUUCAUUGUGUUGAAAUCCAUUGUGAAAGCUAGCUAAAUUCAUAUGCUCAUUUAUUUAUUGGACUUUAGAUUUCCUCAAGCAUCAGCCAUCAGAUAUUGACAGGGAGUCAACACAGCAUGGUACCCAGCGUAGCAUGUGCUACCUGUCAGGUGUAGUGUGUGUGUAUAAGCCUAUGUUAGGCAUAGAAGGACGAGGUUACGUUCCCUUUCGUUUGGCUUGUGUAUAUAUAACAAUGUGUACAUAGAACCCUCUGUAUAUAGAUCCGCCGAAAUAUGACACUUUCAAUAGACCAAAAUGUGCACUGUUUUCUCCCAAAUGCCUCGCACUGGGUUUUCUUGAAUUCAGGAGUUCUACAUAGACAUGAUUUGAUCACUUCUGCAUCUUUGUCUUUAUUCAGCGUUGUUUACUGAAGGAUAUUCUUGAUAUUUCACACUAUCUAUAACAUUUACACUCACACGACUAAAGAGCUGUGUGAGAAGUGGUGCAACUGUGUCUUUGUGUGCGCAUUCAGAUUUUUGUUGUUGUUGACAUUUUAAGGGUUUAGCUGUUUGACUCGAGGUGUCUGUCUCGAUGCACACGUCUCGCUGUUGGAAUCACUAGUGUUUUCUGGAUGUGAAUGGAUGAAGGUCUCUCACUUGCACUAAUCACAGUUCAUGGCUUGUACAGUGUUGUUCGGGUGGGUUCAGGGAACACUUCAUUUUCAAGUGAGAAAGACACCGUGAAUGUUAAAUCAUACUACAUGAGAAAGAUUCAGUCUAGGAAGUGGGGUGACUACAUGUCCUGUCUAGUUUUUCUUAAUUGUCUUCAAGGGAUAGUUCACCCAAAGAUGAAACUUACCACAGUUUACUCAGGCCAACUUAGGUGUAUAUGACUUUCUUCUUUCGGACGAAUAAAAUCGGAGGUAUAUUAAAAAAAAGAUCCUGGGUCUUCCACAGAUCCGCUAAUUUAAAAAGAUAUGGUCAGAGGAUUUUGAUAUAAGCCAGGAGGAGACUGGCUUACUGUAAACAAAACUUGGCUUUUAUGAGACUAGCAUAUUCUCACCGGAGCUUACACUUCGCAAACGUCAUCUGCUGGAGGCCGCUCUCAUGUGAAGGAGUGUACGUCAGUAAACAGUAGCUAUAGUUUACGAUUUAUAGUAUAAACAUUGAUAUUUUUCUUACAUGCAUUACUUUGCCUCUAAAGGCAUUUAUUAACCCCCCAGAGCUGUCUGGAAUCAUUUUUGUGAUGGAUUGAAUCUCAAUGCCAAUUCACUGCCAUUUUAAAGCAUGGAAGAGUCGGGACAUGUUUAGUAUAACUCUAAAGUUAUAUACGCCUAGAAUUGCUUGAGGGUGAGCAAAUCAAUGGGAUAAUUUUCAUUUUUGGGCGCUCUAGCUCUUUAAAUGUCUGGGUUUUAGCUUUUUCUCAGACUUGGUGAAGGUAAUGACUGAAAAGUAGUGAUGCAGGCAUUGGACAUAGCAACAAGCAAGAAAUUGGGAUCCACAGAGAAGAAUGUGUACAGCAGAGAGCAUGUCAAUAGGAAGAUAAAGCAAAAGCCCAGAAAUCUUUGACAAUUUAGAAAUCCUGGCCAGAGCAUGUCCAAAAAAAAUAAACAAAUAAAAAAUAAUAAUUAUUAUAUUUGGUCACCCUACUGGAAGUCUUGACCAAACGUAUAGAUUGCAGGUUCACUGUCUCUUCAACACAAUCUGUUGUGGAGCUUGAGCACAUUGUGUCUUUCCAAGUUUGAGUCAAACAUCGACUGUUUUAUGGUGGUCUUGAGUCAAUAGAUUCUUUAAGCAUAAACCAAAAAGAUGGCAUCUCUACAUUUAUGCUUAUGUAUAUCAAUACUACAAAAUUAUUAAUUUCUGUACAGUGCAAACAAUAUGAACUAAUUGCACCAGAAGCUUGAGUGUCUCAUUAAGAGAGGUUUCGGAGUAAGUUUAUCUUUAGUGAUGGCACACACCUGCAACAAGGACACUUCGUAUGUAAACACACCUGAAUCAUUUUGGAAAUUCAGACUCAAAUCUGGUGGAGAGACACAGUUGAACUGAUUCUGUAUUUCUUUUCUUUUUUUUUUCACUUUAAAUUUUUUGUUCUUGUUUCUUUAUAAUGUAAAUGUUUUUGACUCCACUGAAACAAGUGAAAAGCACUUAAUUAGCGUGUCUGAAUUCAAACACACUAACUGUAAAGGUUUGUUUUGUUAGUUUGAGCUGUUUAAUAAAGUUUUAACAUGAUACAUGAA